AUCCCAGGACCUCUGUGCAACUGCACCCCAACUUCACUCUCUCUCUCUCUCUCUCUCUCUCUCCCUCUCUACCCCUUUAGUCAAUUUCCCUUUUUGCUGAGUGGAUCAAAGGAAACAAAGGAUAUGUAACCAAAUGAUCGAGUUGAAUCCUUGCUGCUAUUUAUAUUUUGAAUUUCGAUUUCAACUCAAGGUCAUGGUGCCCUUGUUCUUCUUUGUUAACACUUCCAAGUCCACGUGAUGUUCAUAGGCUGUGUCAUGAGGAAGUAUGUCAGAGAUAAAAAUCGUUCAUAAGCCUGUACUUAGCAACCUGAGCCUUUGGACCUUUUUGUGAAGAGAUUAUCCUUCAGAAGAUGAGUGCAGAAAACGAGAAAAUAAAACCAAAGACUGAUAUUGAGCUCUUUCUGAAUAAUGCUAACCAGUGCGUUUGGACAAAAUUGAAAAAUGACUCAGGUGCAGGUGCAAAUGCAGCCUCUAGGGUGGACAUGACAUUGGCUGCCACUUACCCCCUAUCCGAAAUAGUUUGGUCUCCAGAUAAAGGUUUGAGCCUUAAAUGCGCCGAUUCAAGCUUUGUUGAUAAAAAUAGUUCUCUUUUUCGGGAUGUUGGAACAAGUUCUAUGGUACUUGCUCCGCCACCAAAUGAUACUUGUGGCAAGUCUACUACUGAUAAACCUAUAGAUGAUGGUGUUGUGAAACCUAUAGCUGUUGUAUGCACCAAGAGUGAUAUAGCUGAAGCAGAUGCUCCCACUGUGCAUCCAACAAGUGAUUCAGGUGUCAAGGCCGAUUGCAGGGCCCAUGAAGAAAAUGAUUUAGGUCUGGCUGACCAAAGGCCAUCUGAUAAUUUAUUAUUUCAAUCAGAUGAACCUAAACCUAGCAUGGACCAAAAUCCUUCUCCAGGGGGACAAUCUGACGGAGGUGUAAAUAUUGGUACUGGAAAAAAGGAUGUAGUAACUGAUGAUGAUUUAUGUACUGCAGUUGAGCCUAUAAAGGAAUUCAAAGGCACUAGUGCUCCAGGGACUAACUUAACAUCCUCCAGCAGGACUCCUUUAGAAAAGCUGGAAUCUAGUGCAGAGAAUGAUUUACGAACUUUCAACUGUGAAGCUGCUUGUGCUGGGACAAGUGGAGUUAAUGUCAAUGAGUGUGAAAACAAAUUUCAGGACAAUGAAAUUAUGCUACCAUGUGAUAAGAUUCUUCCAGUUUUACAUUCUCCAUGUCAUAGCAGAAUUCAUAUGGCAAUAAACAAAGGCAAGGAAAAGUCAUUAUCAGAUGGUGAUGCAAAUGUAAUAUUAUCAAGGGAGGAGAAUGACAGUCAUUCAAGUGUUGAGAGCUGUAAUAGUGCUGGUUUUUUGUCAACAGGUAAGAAGAGGUGUAACUUUCAACAACAGUUGAUAAUUGGCAGGAAAAGAGUCAAAAGGAAAAUUGAAGAAACUUCUGGUUCCAAAUCCUAUGUUAAACAGGAUAGCUCGUUCGUGAACUGGAUUUCAAACAUGGUGAAAGGACUCUCACAAUCAAUUCAAGAUGAUUCAAACACUUUGGCUCUUACCCUUGCUAAUUCAGAUCAUCAUAAUCUACCGCCUGAUGAGAAACUUAUCACAUGCAAUAUGAAUCAAGAUCCUGAACCAAAAAACACAGGAUUCAAAUCCAUAUUUCAGUCCAUAUAUUGUCCAAGCUUGAAGAAUGUAGGAACAAGAACGUCUCAUCAAGAGGGAGAGAGUACUGAGCAUUCAGAACCAGGUAAAAUGGAACGUGGAAUAGAUGCUACUCCUAUAACCUAUCGUGCAGAAAACAAUAGCUCUUCCAGACUGUGUUUGCAAUCAAACAAGUUUGAAGUAUCUACUGUGAGAUAUGAUGCUGGUCCAUCCUUGCAGCCUAAGAUUAAACCUCUAAAUUUUUUUAACAGUCAGGAAAGAAGCAAAAAUAACCUGGUGGAGGAUAAAAAUUGUCCCAUCUUGGGCCUUAGUAAGGACAAGGAAGAAGUGGCAUCACAUUCAUCUUCAACCAAACAAAAUACAGAUAAUAAUGACAAUGUCGAUUCCAAUGCACUAUCUGACAAAAAGGAAGAGAAUAUCUGUCACAGAAGAGAUAAUCUGGGAAGUCUGUGGAUAACUCGAUUUUCUCAGAAAUUCACUGCUCCCUCAAGAGAACAAACUGCCAAUGACACAGAGGCCUCUACUGGUCUUAAGGAAGAAAAGGGAAAUAAUGAUCAUAAAUCAAAGCACAAGUCCGAACACCAUUCAUUUUCCCCAGGAUUCAGAUAUUUUGAGCCAAUGGCUUCAAUGUUUGCAAGGAGAUUUGGUGCUAUCAAACAUAUCAUACCAACAAACUCACCUGAUAAUACCAUGAAGGUAAAUAUGUUGUGUUUGUUUUGUGGAACAAGAGGUCAUCAACUCUCUGAUUGCUCAGCUGUUACAGAAAGCGAGCUAGAAGAUCUCCAGAAGAAUAUACAUCCAUAUGGAGGACUGGAAGAACAUCAUUGUCUAUGCAUCAAAUGUUUCCAGCCCAACCACUGGGCAAUUUCAUGUCCUACCUCAAUCUCAACUAGGAAACAUGAAUCAGAAGUUAAUGCCUUGACCAAUGAUCAUGAAAAACAUGUUAUCCCAAGCGAUGAAGGGAGUGCCGGGCUGCAUACUGAUGAGGAUGACCGAGUUGUAUCUGGUGGUUCUACUAAUGGUGAAACUGAUCACCAAGCACAUCAAAAUAUUAAUUUGAAGCGGAAAUCAAGUGAAAUUAUAACCUUUAAGGGAGGAUGCAAUGCAUCAUUCAAGAAAUACUGUAGUUCAAGUUCAGAGGAAAAAAAAUUCAAAGAAAAUCCAGUAGCAUCUCCAACUAGAUUGGCGGAAAAGAAGACUUCACAUGUGCCAAAGGAAAUAUUUGAUGCAGUGAAAAAGCUUCGACUGUCCCGCACUGACAUCCUGAAAUGGAUAAAUGCUCAUGGGUCAAUCUCACAACUUGAUGGUUUUUUCUUGCGCCUGCGGCUCGGGAAGUGGGAAGAAGGGCUUGGGAGAACUGGAUACUAUGUGGCAUACAUAAAUGAGGCCCAGAGGCAGAGUUCAGAGCAGAAUACAAGAAAAUCUCUCUCGGUGAAAGUAGGGGGAAUCAAGUGUAUGGUCAAAAGUCAGUAUAUAUCCAAUCAUGACUUUCUUGAGGUGAUAACCAGUGAUUAUUCAUUAGCUUUUCCACUAGUCUUGUUUUUGCACCAUGUAUUGAAGAAGCUAUGUUAUUUUCACUCCAUAAACUUCUGUGAAAUUCAUGCUCAAUAAAUUAUACUAGAUGUGGAUAAUAUUCUUAUGGGAAGAUUGUCUUGCAAACUUUCCUACUCAAGAAACUGGAAUAGAAAGGAAAGAGCUAGUUUUAUUGUGAAUCAAAUUUCAAAUAUUAUAUUCCUGAUGUUUUCACUCCUUGGUUAUUAUAGAAUUUAAUUUAGAUUUGGCAUAGUAAUUUUUGCAAGAACAGCAUCAACUUGCUUCAACUUCACCUGAUGCUCUUUUCUCUCAUUUUGAGCAGGAAGAAAUCAUGGAAUGGUGGUCCACCACCUCAGAAGCUGGUGCUGAGAUUCCAUCUGAAGAAGAACUGACAGAAAAAAUUAAAAAGAAAAAAAUGUUAGGUCUCUAGGAAUUUAUUAACUUAAGUGUUAAUAUAUUUAUUAUCACAUACAAGUGAGUUUAUUCUCUCUUUUAGUUGAAAAUUCUGUUUCAUUUUUCUCAUCCAAUUAAUUGUAUAUCAAAGAAGCUUAACAUUGAAGAUGGUGCUAACUCAUCAUCAUGAAGUUGUGAAUGUCAUAAUGACACUCCAAUACAAAGAAUUGCUUCAUCUUAGGCAAUGGAAGUUAUAAUAAUU